AUGUCGUCGAUUUCUUUACCAGAUGACGUUUUUUAUGAAAUGUUGCAAAAACUUGACGAUCGACCUACUCUAUAUAAUUGCUUAUUAGUCAAUCGAAAUUGGUGUCGAAUAGCAGUACCUUCCCUUUACAGAGAUCCAUUUAAUCAACCUAGUGAUCAUUUAUAUUAUCGAUUAUUAAUACAAACGUAUCUUAAAUGUAUGGAUUUUGAAGAGAGAGAACAUUUAAAUCACCCGAAAAAUUUAUUGCCAAGAGAGUCAAGCACACUCUUUCCAUAUGUAAAAUAUCUGGAAAGGUAUUCUGUUAGGGAAUUAACCGCAGCAACAAACAAUUUUCUUAUAUACGAAACCGAGGGAAUCGAUGAUAAACAAAAGUAUAUAACAACAUCUCAAUCCGGAAAGAUCUUUCUAAUGAACAAAGAACAUCGGUUGAGAUUUCAAGAAGCUCUCGUACAUCUAUUUUUGAGGCAGAGUGAAAACCUCGUGGUUUUUGACGUUAAAUCAGCAUUCUUUCGUUCCGACUUUAUGGAUUUGGAUUUCUUUGGUGAAAUUUUAACGAAAUUAAUCAAGAUACCUUCCUUUCAACUCGCCAUCACCAACGAAAUAGAAAAUUUUUGCACGAAAAAGUUUUUGGGAUUCUUGGAAUUCAUGACAAAUAAUUGUUCACAAUUUUCAGAGUUUAGGAUCAAUUUAAAUAAUCCAUUUAAAUACAUUAACCUAUCAUCAUUAUUAUGUAAUUUAAUGCAACAACAGGAUAAUUUAAAUAGGAUCUUCUUAACGACUGAUAUGCAUUCCAAUGUUUUAUCAUCAUUAAAAUCCUACAAUUUGUUGACAAGUAUCGGAUUAAGUUUCAUCAAAUUCAACGACAAAAUAAUCGAAAGUUUAUUAAAAUGUAUCAAUUUAUCCAAAUUAAAAUUAGAUCAUUGCGAUGGUUUAACACCAGAUUAUUGUAAGAUAUUGUCUAAUGGAUCCUUUCGAAAAUUAAAAGAUUUGUCUAUAGGGGUAAACAGGUGGAAUCAUCAAUCAACAGCAUCACUUAUUAAAUCGGUGGGUGGUCCUUCAAUCGAAAGGUUAACGAUUACAAAUCAUUCUCAAAUUAUUGUAAGAAUUGUAUCAGAAUUGGCGGGUUAUUUACCCAGCACGACAAAGCAUCUUACCUUCAAUACUUAUCAAACCAUAUCGAGUCAUGAAUUAAAUAAUAUUUUAAACAGAUCGAAUUGUUCUUUUGUAUCCUUGGAUUUUAGAUUUGAUAUUAAUCAUGAUCUAUUAAAUAUAAUUCUGAAUUAUGCUACGGAAAAAAGAUGUUUGAAAUAUUUGGGACUUGCAAGUUAUGCAGAUUAUGCUGUGUAUAUAAACUAUUUUAAUCCAUUAAAUCAAAAUUUUUUAUCUCAAUUCGAAAAAUGUGGUGUCAAAAUUGUCAAAUUUCAUGGAGAUCAAUAUAGCUGUUGA